CGUAUGGAGAGAAGGGUGUUUUCCGCCCUGCAUGACGUUAGCAGCCAGAUUUUUCCGACCCGAUAAGUGGAGAAGUGUAUGCUUCAUUGUUCUGCUGUUGAAAAAAUCUGACAAGUGUGCAAAUCGUCGGUCAGUCAGGAUUCUUUGUGCUUGAAAGAAGUCUAUCGGACGGGGAUUGCCUUUUGGCAAGUCAACGAUUAGUUUGGGGCUCGUAACUUUCCUGUCAAGCUGCUGACCGACUAUGGAAUCAGCUGCACAGUGACACAUAUGAGAACGCAAGUGAUCCAUGCAAAAUCAGAAACAGGCUCCAGAAUUAUUGAUUUUGACCGUGCACACCUGUACUAGCGGAAUGAGCUGGCUGUGGUUCGGAUUGCCUGCCUGAAGGCGUCUUUAGUUUGACUAGUUGGAAAAGUGAAAGUAGAUCCUACCGACCGGAUUCGUGACGGGUUGUGAGCUGUCAGUAGUCAGUCUUCCUAGUAACAGAAAAAGAAAAAAGGAUCAAGAAUCAAAACCUACAGGGAUUUCGUGACAUAAUGGUCAUUAUAUUAAUAUGAGAACAUCGAAAGAGCAUCCGAAAGGAGUAGUGGAGCACAGAGAAGAAAAGUCAUGUUGUGCCUCGCAGUGGUUGUGCAAGUUUGGAUCCAGCGAAGCUGAACUAUGAAUGCCGCCUGGGGCUUGUACCGAUUCUAGUCAUUUAUACAACGAUCUAGUUGAGCAAAUAGUUUGCAACUUAACCAAAAAAAAAACAACAACAACAACAAAGUGUGAUACCCAAAUGACCAUGAUAUUAUAGAGUUUAGUACCGGAAAAACCAGCAGCACUGUAACGAAUUGUAAGCAAAUCACAAAUAUUUUCAAAUCCUCACCCAAAUGCUGCUCUCUACGGACAAUUGGAUGCCAUACUACCGUUCCGUUCGUGAUCAGCAGCGGCGCCGAUUGGUGUUUUUUGCCGGCUAGUCAGAGAAGUUCUCGCAAAUAAUCUUAGUAGCAUCAGCAGCAGCGGGUUCACUGCCAACCGAUCGAUCAUCUCCUGCUGGUUGCUAGUCCCUCUUCCGGAUCGUCGCAGGACACCGAAAAAACCGCAUUCGUCUGCCGGUGGUAGUUGAGCGGUAGGAGAACCCCGAUCGUUCGGGUGAAUCCUGAGCCUCAACUGUCGCCUCGCUCGAUCGCCGUUGGAUUCCCGAUCCAAACUAUUUCCAGUCGCAGUUAGGCCCAAUUUUCGUCAAAACGGAUAAAGUAAACGGCACCAAGAUUACGGACAACAACAUGGAGGACCUGCUGCAGGCAGGUCACGUAGUUAAAGAGCGAUGGAAGGUUCUCAAAAAGAUCGGUGGCGGUGGUUUCGGUGAAAUCUACGAAGGCCAAGACUUGAUCACGCGGGAACAGGUAGCACUGAAGGUCGAAUCAGCCCGGCAACCUAAGCAGGUUCUCAAGAUGGAGGUUGCCGUUCUGAAAAAGCUGCAGGGCAAAGAGCAUAUCUGUCGCUUCAUCGGUUGUGGUCGAAACGAUCGCUUUAACUACGUGGUCAUGCAACUGCAGGGUAAAAAUUUGGCCGAACUGCGACGAUCUCAGGCUCGCGGAGCAUUUUCGCUCAGCACCACACUCCGGAUUGGUCUCCAGAUACUCAGAUCGAUCGAGUCGAUCCACUCGGUCGGGUUCCUUCAUCGUGAUAUUAAGCCAAGCAACUUUGCUAUUGGCAGGCUACCGUGCAAUAAUCGUAAAAUCUACAUGUUGGACUUUGGUUUAGCUAGACAGUAUACUACCGGAACCGGCGAAGUCCGGUGUCCCCGGGCUGCCGCCGGUUUCCGUGGUACUGUAAGAUAUGCUUCGCUGAAUGCGCACAAAAAUCGAGAGAUGGGUCGACAGGAUGAUCUGUGGUCUUUGUUUUAUAUGCUUGUUGAGUUUGUUACCGGCCAGCUUCCAUGGCGUAAAAUUAAGGAUAAAGAGCAGGUUGGAUUGUUAAAGGAAAAAUACGAUCAUCGUUUGCUACUCAAGCACUUGCCUUCAGAUUUCAAGUACUUCUUAGACCACAUUCAAUCGCUUAACUACGCUGACAAGCCGGACUAUGCUAUGCUAGUAACCCUAUUCGAGCGCUGUAUGAAGCGACGCGGUGUGAAGGAAACGGAUCCAUUUGACUGGGAGAAGACAGAGGAGAACAACGCCGACCAUGGCGGGGAUGCCAAGACAGUAGGAAACGCAGCCGUACCAAAGAGUGAAUUAAUUAAGAAACAUAAAGAUAUAGAACUAACAGAGGAGAAACGUAAAGUGAUUGCCGAUUCGGUAAAAAUUAUGCACACCGAACCGAUCGAAUCCAUAAAGCCACAGAACGCCAGCUUCAAUGCAAAGCUCACGAAUGUGGCUAACGGUGGACAGCCGAACAACGUUCCGAAUGACAAGUUCGUCGGAGAUCCGUUGGAUCCACGGCUGCGGCAGGCGUUCAAGGACGCACUGAUCGCUAGCCAGGAAGCAACCAAAGUGAGGCCGGAUAUUCCAUUGGUCCGUGCUCACACGGAUGUCAACAAACCGACUAAGCACGGUGGAAGUCGGUUACGAAUUCUGACCGCUCCGCCGGUUAAUAUCAAAGAUUUCGCAUCAUCGAUAGAAAGUCUUCAUCAGCAUUCGCAGGCCAAUGAAACCAAUUUGUCGGAAGCCAAGUCCAAGCUGAAAACGGAAGCAGAGGAUGUUAGUUGUACACCCGGGGAUGGUCCACAGACCGGAACGGUCGGAUCCGCCAGUGUCGGUCAUGGCGAUGGAGGCCAACUGGCGAAUUCGUUGACCCAACGGCAGUCGCUUCAUCUGGGUGGCAAAAGUUUACGAUCUUUCGCCAGUCAAUCGGCCCGAUACCGGAGCGUAGCCGACGAUAAAAGUUGCCGGGACUAUUCCAUCACUCAGCAUGCCAUUAUCGAUGAUGACAAUGCUAGUCAGCAUCAGACACCUAAGUAUCAGGGGGCGCUAACGCUAGCUUCGCAGUGGAAGAGCCAGUUUGACGAUUCGGACGAUUCGACCGAUGGACUGUGGAAAGGUGAACAACAUUCCGAAAACGCAUCCAAGAAGAACAUACAGCUAAAAGAGAUACCGCAGAAGGAACAGCAGCAGCAGCAGCCGCAGCUGAAGGAACAAUCGCAGCAGGCUUCGCCCCCGAUACCGCUGCAGCAGCAACAGCAACUACAACAACAACAGCAGCAGCAGCAACACAAGCAAAAUAACAACAACACAUCGACGAGUGCUAUUGUUAAUAAUAUCACUACUAAUAACGCUAUUACUACUACCACUACAAACAGCCCUGCAGAGCUUGCAAAUAAUCUCAACUCUUAAUUUAUUGAUGAAACUAUGAAGUUAUAAGAGGCAAAGCGUAUAAAGCAGUAUAGGAAAACA